AUGCAGUCCAUUAAACCUGACUUUCUCGACUCUCCCUUCUAUCUCGCGGACCCCAAUGUUCUCGCUCAGGUGGUUUGGAAACGUAUGGCAAACAAGAACUAUCUCGUUACUACGGCGUCAGUCGCGGCGGCUGAGGCUCUCGUAGCCCCUGAUGAAACGCAAGGUGCAGACGCCGUCGCGAAAGGUGUGGAAGCGGAUCCUACUCUAUUCGAAAUCGCCGAACUCCAUGCUAUCGCCACUGUUGCCACUGACGGAUGUUAUCUGAGCCCGGACGGAGGCUUCCCGACCGCGAGUGGCCCUGGCGAAUUGUCCAAGAUCGCCUUAACGUUCCAAGCAACGGCGCCGCGCGUCGGAAGCAAGUACGCUGCAGCUUAUACCAGGUCGUUUGGCGCACUCCGCCAAAUCGUCGACCUGGCGAGAACUCCGACGUACGCUUACAAGGGGACCCUCGACGCAAUGAAUUCGCGGCCUGGUUUCAAACUCCGCCACGCUCCUUUCCGUAUUCCGGAUGCUGGUGACGAUGAAGACAAAAGUUCCUACGAAUUGAGCGAAUGGCCUGUCAGAAGUGAGCUGGCACGGCAGGGUAUACGGGGCAUGGAGGGCAAAUACGUGGUUGACCGUCUUUGUGCUUAUGAUUUUGACGGGAGAAUCAUCGCGCCGGAAGACUACACGAAGAAACUCCCCGGUGCUUCUAUCGCCGUCACUUUCAAUAUGACGCAUUACUCAUUCACGAACCAAAAACAAGACACCUUCGUUGCUGACAUCGUGAAGAUACGCGUAAUCGAAUCCCAAGUUGCACCGCCCCCUAGCCCGAAGAAGCGUCGGCCGGCGGUGCCUGAAAUGGAUGACAGCCCGAAGAAGAAGAAAACGAGAACUGCUGGAGCUUAG